GCGUCGGGGAAAAAUGCAACGUCGUGAUAAUCACGACCAGAGCCCUCGAGCCCACCUUUCCGCGGCACUCCUCGUUGACCCCAGGGCCCGAAACUGGGCGAAAGCGCUCCGUGUGGCAGAAGCUGCGACGCCGGACCUCAGGGUCACCCAGACAGUCAGAGGGCGCCUCUCCAGGGCUGCCGUCGCAUCCUCUCCUCAGGGUUAAGUGGCUGGGAUGCCCUCUACAAAGAGCAUUCCGCUCCGCUGAGGCCAGGCCUCGGAGGGGUCAGGCCUUCCACCCGCGGUGAAGCCCCGCAGCGGGGAUGCGGUGCGGCAGGUUCGCGCCGCGUCGACUCGGCGGCGACGGGACGACUUCAGAUUAGACUUCUGUUGUAUUCUCGUUUGGCUUCGGCCCUCCCCCUCGUGGCCGCGGCUGGACGCAGCUCGAGAGACUGCUCAGGAGUGUGUCCAGGAGGAGUCCGGGGGUUGAUUUUGAGCGAACGUGGUCCCUGGCAGAUCCGCGCUGCCCCGCCCCCGCGGGUACUCAAAGUCGAAGGCCACUGGCGGCCUGCACUCCUGAAGGAUCUCCGCGGCCCGCGUUGUGUCAGAAGUCGAUGUCGACACGACAGGAACCGGCCGCUCUUCACCAAGGCUGCCCCUGCAUCCUUGCUUCUCAGGUUCAUCCCUACGGUGGGUUCGGGUCGUGCCAACGCGGCAGUGACCACGCUGCAGCAUUCAAAAGUAAUAAUGUUCAACAACAACGACCUGAUCCUCGAACAACAACAACAACAACAAGCCAUGCGGGGCCAUGUUCGAGGGGGCCCUCUUCCUUCUCCUCCCUCACUCUUUCCUUUUUCUCCUCCUCCUCCUCCUCCUCCUCCAGACCUCUUCACGGGUGAAUUUAGAGGCGGAUCCAGCCUUGGCUGCGAGACCGCACGAGGAGGCCCGAACGGGGCGAGCAGCUUCCAGCCCUGGCCAGGUCCAAAAAUUCUCCCUGGAGGGUGCCGUCCAGGCAUUUCCAUCUGCUCGGAGCUCCGCGGGUGCGCGGACUUCCUGCUGCUGGUUGUCCGGUGCCCCGCGUCGGGCAGUGGCUACGCGGGCAUAGGAGACGGUCCAGACAGGCCGCAGCGCCACGGGGCCGUGCUCUCCCAGGAGGCCGUCGAGCGCCCAGGCGGGCUCAGGGCCCGCAUCGCGAACUGGGCCAAGAGGAGUUCCGCGGUGGACCAGACCCGCGUCUGGACCCUGGGCUCCCUGGACCACCGCUGGAAGGCUGUGUGUUUCCUCUUCGUCGGGGUGCCCCGGGUCGUGAUUUGCUGCCUCCUCGCCAAUUCUGGGGCCCGUUUCAUCGUGCGCUCCCCGGACAUCAUCGUCGACACCGUGGCGGUGUUAUUCGUGGUGGACGUCGCGGCAUUCAUGUACAGCGCCUUUACCACCAACGCCGUGAAGCAGCAGCUGGAAAUGGUGCAGCCGCUGGAGUGUUACCCGUGCAACACCCGACGGCUCGUGUCCUUCCUCUUCGUGAACUUUGCCUACCCCGUGUUGCUGGUCUGCUUCAGCGUCGCCGUGGUGUGGUGCUCUCGGGAGGGCUGCCGCAAGAGCGAGGACUUCGAGGCUCGACCUCACACGAUGAGCUUCAUGUUGGGGUCUCAAAUGUUUGUUCAGCAAUGCACGACGAGUCUGGAUGUGAUACAAUCGAAGGCACGGUGGCGAUGUGGUGUUAGUUUCUGGCUCUCCCUGGGGCGAGAAACAGCACGAGCGACAUAGAGUCGUAAGCUAAGCAAUAACAGCUCUACAAGACAGAGCAACAUGCAUGCGGCAUGAUAAUGGAGAUCGGUAUGGAUCGUUUGGAGAUAGCUCGCAGACGAGCUAUCGUCUAGUCUCACUGGGCAGACCGCAUUGCUCCCGUCUCUAGCAACUGCACGCUGCGUGGCCGUCUCCAGAAAUCCCCCCCUCGUACGCCAGCGAGGAGUUGACCAUACUGGAGAAGGCGUUUCAGCAGUUUGCGAAGGCCAUCGAGGCAUUCUAAGCAGGCUGUUUAAGCCAUUCAGGUCUGUGCUUGCACUGAGUAGUCCUAUUCGCCUCCUGAGGAAGUGUUCCUGCACGCUGGGAUUCUGGUGGUUGCCACGCACGCCAAACGCUGUAAGUGUGGUGGCGGACGAACCUGUUCGGUGCUCGCGCGCCAGUCUGAAUUGUUUCAUCACCUAUCUGCCACUGUUAUUCCAGCAUGGGCCCAAUAUUCUAUUUGUUGUUGGCAACUGUUUGACGGCUCUUUCGCUUUGAGUGUAUUGAGCGGGCUUUAUCUUUCAAGAGGUGGUUCAGUUCUUCAAGGAGAUGAUGUACUUCAAAACUGAUAGGCGGGAUGGUGCCUAAGCUGUACUGCUCCUCCAGGUUAUCAUGGUCACAUCUUUGCGUGAAGUGUGGUAUGAACCAGCUGUAUUGAGAUACAUCGUGGCCGCACGUAGCCAAUACCGUCUUGCUAGGGCGCGUGCCCCAGUCCUCUGGCGUCUCUGCUUUUUCGAGUCGCUUGCCUCGCGGUGCCUGGAAGUUGCGAACAAUCUCCAGCGCUAUUUUUUCGAUUCGCUAGUGCGCUGGGACUCGCGGAGAAGUUGUGCUCACGUUGUGCCCCUGCGACGGUGUACUGACUGGCCUUGUACAGCGGCCAGCGUUCGUACCCGAAGUGAACAGAACAGUCGCCUAACCUAGUGAUUUCCAGUGGCCCUUCGAGUGGGUGUCGCUGGUGCGCUUGCAGUGUUUUUUUUGUCCGAGCGCAAUACGGGACUAUUAGCGAGGGGUCACCGCUGCAGCCGAGUAGCGAAUGCGGUACCUCCUCUGCCUGGAGCGGGCCUGGGGCGGGGAAGGUCGAGGAGGAGGAGGAGCUGCCCUGUUCCAUCCCUCAGUGCGAGGACAAGCUGGCGACAGCAAGUGACGCAACCAGAAGCCACUGGUGUCGCAGCAGGCUGGCCGCCCUGCCAAGAGAGGCAUGCGGAGGAGUCCCACCUGCGGGGCCCGUGAAGCGGGCACCUUUUUGUAGCUGCCCCGCUCCGCACCUCCGUGCCGAGGAAGCGCCGGCGGUAGAAAGCGGCGCAGCCAGACGCCGUUGAUACCGCAGCAGGCCGGUCGCCUUGUGUAUUCGCGCGCCGAAUUCGUUUUUCCUUGUAAAUUUGCAUGCCGAUAAUAAUUUUUCCAUGUGUUUUUUUGUUAUACUUGGAAGGUUGUGUCCUCUGCCGCAGGCCUCCUGGACUGACACAUCUUCGGUCUACUUUGCGGCCGUGUAUUGGUUCUUGGGGCCUCUCGGGGGCAUCUUGGGGC